CCUGGACCCGUCCGGGUCAGGCCUGCACCGAUCCCCGUCCGCGCGCACUCCUGGGAGCUGCUCCGGGAACCAGACCCCUGCCGCCGCGACCCCUGGCGCCUGGCCUCGCGCCAGGAGGUCUGCUGGGAAUUGGCCCAGUGAGGGCGGAGGGCCUACUUUUCCUGGUGGUUGGUGAGUGGCAGCAGCARCAGGAGCCCAGACCAAGGACAAGUGGGAGUUGGGAGCCCCAGGCCCCACCAUGGCACCGUUCCUGCGCAUCGCCUUCAACUCCUACGAGCUGGGCUCCCUGCAGGUUGAGGAUGAGGCUAACCAGCCCUUCUGUGCUGUGAAGAUGAAGGAGGCUCUCAGCACAGAACGAGGGAAGACGCUGGUGCAGAAGAAGCCGACCAUGUAUCCUGAGUGGAAGACCACGUUUGAUGCUCACAUCUACGAGGGCCGCGUCAUCCAGAUUGUGCUGAUGCGGGCAGCUGAGGACCCAGUGUCGGAGGUGACCGUGGGCGUGUCGGUGCUGGCCGAACGCUGCAAGAAGAACAACGGCAAGGCUGAGUUCUGGCUGGACCUACAGCCCCAGGCCAAAGUGUUGAUGUCUGUGCAGUAUUUCCUGGAGGACGGAGAUUGCAAGCAGUCUAUGCGUAGUGAGGACGAGGCCAAGUUUCCAACAAUGAACCGCCGUGGAGCCAUCAAGCAGGCCAAGAUCCACUACAUCAAAAAUCAUGAGUUCAUCGCCACCUUCUUUAGGCAGCCCACCUUCUGUUCUGUGUGCAGGGACUUUGUUUGGGGCCUCAACAAGCAAGGCUACAAAUGCAGGCAAUGCAAUGCUGCCAUCCACAAGAAAUGUAUUGACAAGAUCAUUGGCCGGUGCACCGGCACUGCCGCCAACAGCCGGGACACUAUCUUCCAGAAAGAACGCUUCAACAUUGACAUGCCGCACCGGUUCAAGGUCAACAACUAUAUGAGCCCCACCUUCUGUGACCACUGUGGCAGCCUGCUGUGGGGGCUGGUGAAGCAGGGAUUGAAAUGUGAAGACUGUGGCAUGAACGUGCACCAUAAAUGCCGGGAGAAGGUAGCCAACCUCUGUGGUAUCAACCAGAAGCUCUUAGCUGAAGCCUUGAACCAAGUCAGCCAGAGAUCCUCCAAGAAGCUGGACUCAGAAUCUCCGGAGCCUGUUGGGAUAUACCAGGGUUUCGAGAAGAAGCCAGGAGUCUCUGGGGACGAUGCCCCAGACAACAGUGAGACGUAUGGCAAAAUCUGGGAGGGAAGCUCCAGGUGCCGCAUCGAGAACUUCACUUUCCACAAGAUCCUGGGCAAAGGCAGCUUUGGGAAGGUGCUACUUGCAGAGCUGAAGGGCAAAGGACAGUUCUUUGCCAUCAAGGCCCUCAARAAGGACGUGGUUCUGAUCGAUGAUGACGUGGAGUGCACCAUGGUGGAGAAGCGAGUGCUGGCGCUCGCCGGGGAGAAUCCCUUCCUCACCCACCUCUUUUGCACCUUUCAGACCAAGGACCACCUGUUCUUUGUGAUGGAGUUCCUCAGCGGGGGAGAUCUGAUGUAUCACAUCCAGGAUAAAGGUCGCUUUGAACUCUACCGGGCCACGUUUUAUGCAGCUGAGAUAAUCUGUGGACUGCAGUUUCUACAUCACAAAGGGAUCAUUUACAGGGACCUCAAGUUGGACAAUGUGAUGCUAGACCGGCAUGGCCAUAUCAAGAUUGCCGACUUUGGGAUGUGCAAAGAGAACAUAUUUGGGGAGAACCUAGCCAGCACCUUCUGUGGCACCCCAGACUACAUCGCCCCUGAGAUCCUGCAGGGCCUGAAGUACACAUUCUCUGUGGACUGGUGGUCCUUUGGGGUCCUCCUCUACGAAAUGCUGAUCGGUCAGUCCCCCUUCCAUGGUGAUGAUGAGGACGAACUCUUCGAGUCCAUACGUUUGGACACACCGCAUUAUCCCCGUUGGAUCACCAAAGAGUCCAAGGACAUCCUGGAGAAGUUAUUUGAAAGGGACCCACCCAAGAGGCUGGGAAUGACAGGAAACAUCAGACUCCACCCCUUCUUCAAGACCAUCAACUGGACUCUGCUGGAGAAGAGGAAGGUGGAGCCGCCCUUCAGGCCCAAAGUGAAGCACCCAGGAGACUACAGCAACUUCGACUUGGAGUUCCUGAAGGAGAAACCGCGCCUCUCCUUUAGUGACAAGAACCUCAUCGACUCCAUGGACCAGACAGCAUUCGCCGGCUUCUCCUUUGUAAACCCCAGAUUUGAGCACCUCUUGGAAAACUAAGGCUCCCAGACAGGCCCUCCACCCCCCUGGGCAGAGCAGGCUAGCCCACCCUCAUCUGCACCUGCCGCUGCCCCUGGUAAGCAGCAGUGUGAUUGUCUUCUGCUGCUGCCCUCUUUUCCCCAGAGGGGCUCGGCUCCUGCUGGCUGGGCUCUUAUGGUACUUCCUCUGUGAACUGUGUGUGAAUUUGCUUUUCCUCUGCCCUCAGAGGGAAAUUGUAAAUCC